GGACACAGGAGCUGCUGUUUCUCUGCUGCCCUCGUGUGGUCACUUUGUGUCACUGGGGUCAAUCUGAACAAACUCUGACUCUCUCGAUCAUGUCGCAGUAUUUGAGGGAUAUUUUGUUCGUUUCUCUGGCUUUGGUCAUCGACGGUCUAGAGGAGCUAACAGUGAUGUCUGGAAGGGACGCAACUCUUCAGUCGUGGUGUUCCAGCAACGGUGAGGUGACACUGAUAGAGUGGACCAGAUCUGACCUGCAGCCACUGAAGUACGUCUUCUUGUACCGCAAUGCACGUUCAUACGGAAACUACCAGAAUCCAGGUUAUCGCGGUCGAGUGGAGCUGAGAAAUCCCGAGAUAAAAGACGGAGACGUUUCCAUCACGGUGAAGAACGUCAGCGUCGACGACGCUGGACUUUACAAGUGUCGAACCAUCGUGAAGGAGAACGGAAACAGCACUGAGUUCAGGAGAGACAUCAACCUGAGAGUCACAGACUCAGGACAAACACAGCAGGUGGAGUGGAGCGAGGAGAGCAAAGUCCGACCUGCAAACAUACAGUUUCUCAAGAAGAACGAAAACACACCUAUGGAGAUGGUUGAUGCCGGUGCCGGUGCUGAUGCCGGUGUUGUUGUUGCCGCUGUUGCCCCUGUUGUUGCUGUUGUUGCUAUUGUUGCUAUUGUUGGUAUUGUUAAAUCGGAGAAAUGUCUGCCGGGAACAGUGGUGUAAAAAGUACUUUAACACAUUUCAGUGUUAAAAUAAAUCAGCAAUAAUCAAUGUAGAUUAUUGCUGAUGCGUCGUCAACUUCGCCUCUGGCAAAAAACUUUCAAUAACUGCAACGCUGCAGUCGAUGAAUGGUGGUGAUGACAUACAAUAGAUGACAUAUGAUCUAUUAUAUGUAUGAUUUGUAUUAGCAGCUUGUUAACACUUCUAUGUGCAGUUAAAUACAUAAAUAAAUAAAAUAUAUGAAAAUAUUUUAUUUAUUUAUGUAUUUAACUGCACAUACUAUGAAUGCAAUCUGUAAAAAAGCAACCAUAAUAUAAGCGUCAUUCUUCCUCACGUUUAUAGAUCUUUUCAUGUCUGUGAUGUAAGAAAUGUUCUAUUUUUUUAUCAAUAAAAAUCUUAUUUUUUUAUUUUGAAUCAGUUAAAUAAACCUUUGUUUAAACCUAGUUGGGGGUGGGGGGUGUUUCUUGAUUGUUUUUGAUGUCUUAUAUGUAACAUAAAUCAAUAAACCAACUGUUGAAAAUAA